GAAGGACUGAUUGGCCCGUGGGACUAUGGCGCGGCCGGGAGGACGGCCCCGGCUCCGUGGGACCGCUGCGCCGCCGGACGCGGGGGUCCCGAGGCUGUCAGGGGCGCCUGGCCGAGCGUCUAGUGGAAAGCCGAGCCCCCGGGGACAGCGGAAGCAGAGGCGCGCCCGGCGCUACGGCCUUUCGGCUCUAGGACACCGCCCCCGGGCCGCGCCGCCCCUGCCCCGCCGGGAUCCCGGUCGCCCCUGUCGCCGCACAACAAAGCGGCGCAGCCCCGCUGCCCCCGCCCGACGCCGGCCUCCAACUUCCCCGGCUCCUCUGGAACCGGCUCCGCGGGCUCCGUACGGCCUGGACUACGCGCUGCCGGGCGGGGGCGGCUCCGGACGGGCGCGGACCGUGGGGGCAGGGCGCAGGGCUCCGUCCGGACAAACUUCCUCGGCCGCCCCGCCGGGCGCCCUUCCCGGAGCCUCGGCCCCCGCUAUUUUGGAAAACCGAAUCUCCAGGAAAAUACAGCAACAGCCUCUAAUGCCUAGUUAGGGAAGGCCCAGGGUUCCAGCAACUUUCCAGGGCAACCACCUGACCAGUCCCCGCAGACCUCCCUUUCCAGCCACCUCCAGAGACUCCAAGUGUAGUUUCAUUCUCCAAAUAGCCACUCUGCUUCUCAGAUUCAGUUACCUACUGUCAACCAAGAUCAGAAAAUAGCUGGAGAAAUCUGGAGAAGUCUGGCUGGGAAGGGAAGAAGAAGCAGGAAAACAGGGCUAAGCCAAGACGUGCAGCUGGAGCAGAAGGAGUCAGAAUGGGCUGGCAGAGAGCGCUGAGCUCCCAGCAGGGGAAGAAACCAAAGAACAUGGAGGCUCCUGCGACGAGAGGCCUGUAGGUUUUGGGCGCCCACCCUGCUACUGUAGAAUGGUUCUUGGCAAUAGAUUUCUCAAUGUCCUUCUCCAGUUUAAUUUUUUAAUAACUGAGUACAGUUAAAAAUAGAGUAAGAUCACAGUCUCCCAAGCCCAGUUGCUUUUUUAUUUGUGGGCCCCAAGAGGAGUCAAAAGUAAGAGCAGGGACUGGGGGGUACCCUGUGUGUCCUGGCAUCACUUCACGGAAGGUAAGGCCAUGUCACCACAUCGCCAGUACAGGGCUGGCCCGGCAUGGUAUCCGCAGGAAACAGUGAUCGAGCCCCCUCCUUCCUCCUACGUCCCCACCGCAUCCUGGGCAACAUUUUCUCUCUUAACUAAUAACCGCUGAGUAUUUGUAUUUUUCAGGGAACCUCAGGAGACGUAAAGCCUUUAAGGUUUAAAGGACUGAAUCUCUUCCGGUGCAAUUUCUGGAAUUAUAAGUAUUUUUUU